AUGGGAAGAGGAGGAGAUGAUAAUGUUGUUAUGAAAAAGUGUUCCGAUAAGGAGAGACGUGCUCUUCUUGAUUUCAAAGCUCGCCUCCUAGACCCCGAUGAAACUCUCUCUACAUGGAGAUCUGAAGAAGAAGAAGAUUGUUGUAACUGGAGUGGAGUCACAUGCAACAACCAAACAGGUCGUGUCAUCAAGCUAAGUAUUAUCUCUGGUGGCCUUGAAGGUGAGGUCAGCAAUUCUUUGCUUAACUUAAGCUACCUGACUCAUCUUGAUCUUGUCGAUAAUUCUUUUCAUGGAAUUAUUCCCACGUUCAUUGGUUCCAUGACUCGUUUAAGGCACCUUGACCUUGGUUUGAAUCAUUUUAAUGGAACCAUUCCCAGGUUCAUUUGCUCCAUGACCAAAUUAAGAGUUUGGAAAUCUCACCAACUUGCAAUACCUUUACCUUGGAGUUGUUGGCAGAUGUAG